AAAAAAAAGACGGGGCGCCACCUCGCUGCUGGCUGGUUCAUCGCCUCCUCUCUCUCUCUCUCUCUCUCUCUCAAUAGUUUUUACUGGCGACAUUCGUUGUUUUUUCUCUCUUUUCUUCUCCGGCCCCGGUCCUCUGGAAACGUUUCGGAGCUUCAAUGGCUGCUGCUGCUGCUUCUUCACUCGGUAUUCCGGCGAAGUUCUCGCCCUCUGGUGGCACGGUUUGCCCUCAGAUCUCUCAUUUCCGCCGUUCUUCUCAUGUUUCCGCGGCAGCUCGGACGGUUCAGAUCAGACCAAGCCUCGGCUCGCAUUGCCGUUGGAACGCCUCUUGUGCUUCCACGGGUUUUAGGGUCCAGGUUGCGUCUGUAGAGCGGGAAAGUGUUGUUGUUGCUCAGAAUGUAGAAGCUCCCAUCGUUGUAGUCACCGGCGCUUCCAGAGGAAUUGGGAAAGCUAUUGCGUUGGCUCUAGGAAAAGCUGGGUGUAGGGUCCUAGUAAACUAUGCAAGGUCAUCAAAGGAUGCAGAGGAAGUUUCUAAUGAGAUAAAGGCUUGUGGGGGCCAAAGUAUUACUUUUGGGGGUGAUGUUUCAAAAGAAGAAGAUGUACAAUCGAUGAUUAAAACUGCGACUGAUGCAUGGGGAACAGUUGAUGUAUUGAUAAACAAUGCAGGAAUUACACGAGAUGGGUUGUUAAUGAGAAUGAAGAAGUCCCAGUGGCAGGAGGUCAUUGAUUUGAAUCUCACUGGUUUAUUUCUCUGCACACAGGCUGUGGCCAAGAUUAUGAUGAAAAAGAAGAAGGGAAGAAUAAUCAAUAUAGCAUCGGUUGUUGGUUUGGUUGGCAAUGCCGGGCAAGCCAAUUAUAGUGCUGCAAAAGCUGGGGUGAUUGGCUUUACAAAGAGUGUCGCCAAGGAGUAUGCAAGCAGGAACAUCAAUGUAAAUGCUGUGGCUCCUGGGUUUAUUGCGUCUGAUAUGACAUCCAAGCUCGGAGAAGACAUUGAAAAGAAAAUUCUAGAGACAAUUCCACUAGGAAGAUAUGGCCAACCGGAGGAGGUUGCCGGACUAGUUGAAUUCUUGGCACUUAAUCCUGCAGCCAGCUACAUUACUGGACAGGUAAAUACCACAUUGGACCAUAUCUUGCUCCGACAAAGAAACAUGGCCAUUUUUAUAUUCCCAUUGUUCAAUUGACACUUCAUUUUUCAUCCUGCAGGUUUUCACCAUUGAUGGUGGAAUGGUAAUGUAGAGUAAUUUGAGAACCCCCACAACGCUUAUUGCUCUAUCUGGACAAAAUGUGCUGCAUGCAACGCAAGUUCCUGCUCUGAUGCUCUAUUUGGGGGUUAGUGUUUUUAUCAUUGGUUAUAUAAUUGAGCGUGAAGAACAAGGAUAGAAUUCGUCAGUGUCUAUCCAUUAAAAUCAAUAGAGCAAUGAAUAAUACUUAACACGAGAUGCAUAGUUUUAAAUAAAUUUUGUUUUUUGUCAUGAAUUGCUAGCUUAUCCAGCAAUGGAAGAUUAACUAUAGUGUUUUCUUGCUUUU